AUGGUGAUCGACUGCAGGCGCAGUAACGUCGUGUUCGCCGACCCCGCGCCCGUCGUCCUGCCCACGGGGGGCUCGUUCGCCGCCCUGGAGCUGGACGACCCCGAGGGCAUCCUGAACGUGGAGGGCGUUGACCUGAAGGACGCCUUCUACCACCUCGAGCUCCCCAUCGAGCUCAGGAGGUACUUCGUGAUGCGGCCCGUCCUGGCGGGCUCCGUCGGCGUCUCCAGCGCUGGGGGCUGCCUGGUCGCGCCGACGGCCAAGCUCUUCCCUAGGCUGAAGGUGGUGCCGAUGGGCUGGUCGUGGGCGCUGUGGUGGUGCCAGUCCAUCAUGGAGCGCAUCGCGGAGCAGUCGGGCUGCCCUGAGCCGCAGCGGCUGCACGACGGGCGCCCCGCGCCUGGCCUCAGCGAGUUCGGGCACCUCCAGUACGUGGACAACUUCGUCAGCCUCGGCUACGAUCGCGACGCCGUCCGCGCGGCGGUGGCGCGAGUGGCGGCCGAGCUGGAGCGCCGCGGCCUGGUGGUCACUCUCGAGGAUCACGCUGGGGAGCACGAGGGCACCUUCAACGUCCUUGGCUGGGACAUCGCCGCCUCGGGGAGGCUGUCUGCCUCGGGGAGUCGCCUGUGGCGGGCGCGGCUCGCUGUCAGGUGCCUUCUCAGGCGAGGCCGCUGCUGCGGGGCUGAUGUCGAGCGCAUCUUGGGCCACCUCAUCUUCAUCACGCUCGUGCGGCGCGAGGGCCUCGCGCUCUUCGAGGCCUGCUUCAGGUUCGUGCAGACCUCGUACCACGUGGAGGCCCCGCUCCCGGGCGGCGUCCGUACCGAGCUCGCGGUGUGGGAUGGGCUUGCACCCCUCCUCUGGCGUGACCUGAAGGCGGGCUGGUCGCUGGACGUGGGCGCGGUCGACGCGUCGCCGUGGGGCCUGGGCGCCUGUCAGUCCACCUGGGCUCCCGAGGCGGUCAAGUCCGUCGGGCGCUACUGCGAGCGGUGGCGCUUCGGGCGGGCGGAGAGGCUCCCGCCGCGGCGCCGCGCUCUGGCAGCCAGCCAGCGGGCGCUGGGCCAGGCCAUCGCUGCUGAGGUGGGUGACCCCGCCGCCGGCGGCCCUGGGCUCGUUGCCUUCGCGCCUGCUGCCGACGGCUUGCCAGCCGAGCCCGUCGGCCCGCCUCUGGAGCGUGACCUAGCAGAGUUCCCCGAGCGUAUCUCUGCCCUGUCCUUGGCUUCCGGGUCUUACCUGUGCGCGAGGUGGGCGCCCACAGAGUUCAAUGUGGCCGACGGGCCCUCGAGGGGAAGGGGAUCUCCGACAAAGCCAACAGAUAUCGUUCUUGACAAGCACGACCCCGUAAAGCACGACAUCAAUAACAAGCACGAGUACAGCAUCAUCAGCACAGAUAAGCACGACAUCACCGACAUGCCCGACAUCCGCAAGAUAGGCAAGCACGACAUCAGCGAACACGACAUCAGCAAGCAGGGCCUCACUGAUAAGCACGACAUCAGCAAGAUAGGCAAGCACGGCAGCAGCACGCAUGAGCCCGACAUCAGCACGUACUCGCUCGCCGCGGAGCCGGCCUUCGUCGACCUCGGCAGUGGCUAG